AUGGCCCACUCAUCUGCUACUGGUAAAGUCUCUGGCGAGCAUCGCCACAGCCUGGGGGACAAGAUCAAACUCCCAUUUCAUGAUCUCAAGGCCAAACUUAGCCACAACCACCAUCUUCACGAUACCAAGGUUCACAUGGUUCACACGAAGCAUAAAAUUGGCAAGUUUGCAAACUUGUUCAAUCCCGAGCAUCGCCAUGAUGAGGAGCAUGAGAAAGCCUGUGACGAGAAACGCGCUAGGAUAGCUGAGUCCCACCGCUUCGACUCGUAUUUCCCUGAAAGAGAGGGCAAUAUGGUCAAGUGGUAUGUAGAUGGACGGGACUACUUUUGGGCAGUGUCAGUCGCCCUCGAGAAGGCCAAGGAAACCAUCUACAUUGCGGACUGGUGGCUGUCCCCCGAACUCUUUUUACGCCGGCCUCCUUACUUCAACAAGGAAUGGCGUCUAGACCAAGUGCUAAAACGUCGAGCCGAGGCUGGGGUCAAGAUCUACGUCAUGGUCUACCGAGAAGUCCAGGCUGCUCUCACUUGCAACUCGGAGCACACAAAGCAUGCGCUUCAGGCCUUGUGCCCUGAAGGCUCUCCUGGGUACGGCAACAUCAAGAUUAUGCGUCACCCAGAUCACAACGUGCUAGAGAACGCGGCCGACAUGACUUUUUACUGGGCUCAUCACGAAAAGUUGAUCGUUAUUGACUACGAGAUGGCCUUCAUUGGCGGGUUGGAUCUGUGCUUUGGGAGAUGGGACAGCCACAACCAUGCUCUCUCCGACUUGCAUCCAGAGGGUGUCAGCAACGAAGUCUGGCCCGGUCAAGACUUCAACAACAACCGGAUCAUGGACUUUAAGAACGUUGAUGACUGGAAACAAAACGAGCUGAGCAAGGCAGAGUCAGGAAGGAUGCCUUGGCAUGAUGUUGCCAUGGGGGUGAUUGGGCCCUGCGUCUACGACAUCGCCGAACAUUUCGUUCUCCGCUGGAAUUUUGUCAAGCGAGACAAGUACAAAAGGGACAAGCGGUUCGAGUGGCUCGAGUUGAGAGGUCGGCAGGGAGAGGAUGAAGAUCUUGUGGGCGUGCAAAGGCCCAAGCACCCUGUCGGUGGUUAUGUUACCCAUCCGCUCUCACCCAUGGAAACAAAGCAUCUUGACCAUCGGGGGAGUGUUCAUGCACAGAUCAUCCGGUCUAGUGCCGAUUGGUCAAGCGGCAUUCUCACUGACCAUUCCAUUCAGAACGCUUAUUCCGACAUCAUUCGUAACGCCAAGCAUUAUGUGUACAUCGAAAACCAGUUCUUCAUCACAGCGACAGGCGACCAGCAGAACCCCAUCCACAACACAAUCGGCCGUGCCAUUGUAGAUGCUGUAGUGAGUGCUGCCAAGGAGGGCCGCAAAUUCCGCGUCAUGAUCCUCAUCCCAGCAGUGCCCGGCUUCGCCGGAGACCUGCGAGAGGACGGAGCCAUCGGGACUCGAGCCAUCAUGGAUUACCAGUACAAGUCAAUUUGCAGGGGCGAGCACAGCAUCUUUGAACAGAUCAAGAAGGAGGGUGUCGAUCCAACGAAGCACAUUUUCUUCUUCAACCUGAGAAGUUAUGACCGUCUUAACAGGACGUCAGCCAUCAAGAAGCAAGAGGAAGAGUCGGGCAUCAAGUACCAGGAACUGCAGCGUGCUGAAGCUGAGGAGGUGAUGGGCGAGGGUAUCCACGGCACAAUAGACACGGAUGGUGGUCGUGACAGCCAUAUGGGUCACAGGAGUGAGCAACAUGGUGGUCAGGCGCGGACCGUUCAUGGUGAGAUGCCAGUUAAUUUGGAGCAGGCAAGAGGGAACUCGGUUGGUGAACGAGAUACCGAUAUCAAGCGGCGAUUUGAAGCAGCCAAGAAUGGAGACAUGGGUGUGGACUCUCCUGUAAGUGUUGCUCAUUACGCCAUGGCCAAUCAAGGGAAGUUGUCAGAGGUUCCUUGGGAUGGAGACGAGGAGGAUGAGGUCAAUCACUGGGUCCAGGAGGAGUUGUACAUUCACGCCAAGCUUCUCAUCGUCGACGACCGCAUCGUCGUCUGCGGAUCCAGCAACCUGAAUGACCGAAGCCAACUAGGCUAUCACGACAGCGAAUUGAGCAUUGUCAUGGAGGAUACAAAGACGUUUCAGUCCACCAUGGACGGCAAGCCAUACGAGGCCGGCUGGCAUGCUGCCACCCUUCGGCGGUAUCUCUGGCGCGAACACCUCGGCCUGCUUCCGCCACAGGAUCUUGACGGCAGCGAUGACCCGAAUGCACAACCGCCCGGCGACGACUCGCCCAACGAUGUGGGAGAUCAAGAUGAUUCUUGGAAGUUUGUUGAGGAUCCCCUGAGCGAUGAGCUCUGGGAGAUGUGGACGUCCCGAGCGUCGAAAAACACUGAGGUAUUCCGGCAGCUAUUCCAUGCCGACCCAGAUGAUCACGUCAAAACGUUUGAUGAUUACAACGGCUACAUGCCGCCCAAGGGCGUAAAGGCAGGACACAUUUUCGAUCGCAUGAUACCUGGUCACGAAGUCAGACAAAAGCUAGACCAAAUCAAGGGCCACCUCGUCUGGAUGCCAUUAGAAUUCUUGCGCGACGCGCCGAUGGCGGAAAAGGGCUUGCAAGUAAAUUCGUGGACAGAAAGUGUUUAUACAUAA